CCCACUCUGCUCGUUUCUGUAUUGUCAGUGCGACGAAGAGUUGACAAUCAGCAAGUAUUCUCUUCGAUAUUUCAGUAAAUUUGAGGAACAGGAAACUCUUUUAAUUGUGCGUCGGGAACACUGUCAUUCUGCCAUUUACAAAGACUAAAGAAUCGUUUUAAAACCAGUUUUAUUCUCGCUAUGUAGAUGCCGCUGUUGGAGUACUAGGAACGGGAAGACGCUAAUCUGUGAACCAAGAUGAGUGGGACCAACGCGGCGUCUGGAGCGGCGCCCUGCCGCUUCGCUCACUACUUUGUGAUAUGCGGGAUAGACACCGAAACAGGGCUGGAACCGGACGAAUUAGCCGCUUUGUACCAAUGGCUAGAGGCUGACCGCCAAGGCAGAGACCCCGAUACAGCAGCCACAGGGGAGAACUUUGAGCAGAGCCCCCUGAAGAGGACGUUCAAGUCUAAAGUCCUGGCCCACUACCCUGAGAACGUGGAGUGGAACCCUUUCGACCAGGAUGCUGUCAACAUGCUCUGUAUGCCCAAAGGCCUGUCGUUCAGGACGCAGGCGGACAGCCGGGAGCCCCAGUUCCACUCCUUCCUGAUCACCCGGGAGGACGGCUCUCGCACCUACGGCUUCGUCCACACCUUCUACGAGGAGGUGACGUCCCCUCAGAUCUGCUCGGCCAUGCAGACCCUCUACCAGAUGCACCAGGCCGAGAACCCUUCCUCCGCCACCCCCUCCUCCUCUUCCUCCUCUUCCUCCAGUAUGGACUCUCUGGCUAGCAGCCUCGACGAAGCAGAUUCUCCAUCUUCAUCAUCUUGCCGGUCGGUGGCGUGCGGCGGCUACGACGCGUCGCGGGACACCCUCUACGUCUCCAAGGCGUUGUGUCUGAUCACGCCCAUGCCUUUCAUGCACGCCUGCCGCCGUUUCCUGUCCCAGAUGCACCGGGCCGUCACGGCUGCCUCGCCCCCGCCCCUCCCCCUGGAGAGCUACGUCCACAACGUCCUGUACGAGGUGCCCCUGCCCCCUCCGGGGCGCUCGCUGAAGUUCCACGGGGUGUACGAGCCCAUCGUGUGUCAGCGUCCUGGGCCUGGGGAGCUGCCUCUGGCUGACUUCCCUCUGGGCCAGACCUUCACUCUGCUGGGGGUAGAGAACCUGGUGCAGCUGUUCAACUGCACCCUGCUGGAGAUGCAGAUUCUGCUCUACUCACAGGACUACCAGCGGUUGAUGACAGUUGCGGAGGGCAUCACCACCCUGCUCUUCCCGUUCCAGUGGCAGCAUGUCUACGUGCCCAUCCUGCCCGCCUCACUGCUGCACUUCCUGGAUGCCCCCGUGCCCUACCUCAUGGGCCUGCAGUCCAAGGAGGGCACCGACCGCUCCAAACUAGAGCUGCCACAGGAGGCUAACCUUUGCUUCGUGGACAUUGACAACCACUGCAUUGAGCUGCCUGAGGACUUCCCCCAGUUCCCUAACAAACCAGAGUUCAUCCAGGAGCUCAGUGAAGUCCUCCUCCGCUACGGCCUAUCCCCAGUGGGGGGCGCUCCUCCAAUCUCUGACCCCCCCUCCACCACCACCACCCCUGGCUCCGUCUCUACCCGUCACCCUGGUCUGAAAGGCCAACAGGCCCUGAGGGAGCUCGAGGAUGAUGGGAGGAAUGGGAACCUAAGAGGGGAGCAGUUAGCUGUGUUGGAGCUUCUCCAAGGGAACGCUACUCUGGAAAGACUCCAGGCUCUGGCUAAGAGAACGGGGGUCCGUGUGGAAGCCCUGAGGGGGGUAGGGGGUGAGGGAGAGGGCCAGGGGGGGAGGACGGCAGUCGAGGAGGAAGAGCUGAGGAACGCUAAGCUGAAUGUACAGCUGAGGGAGGUGUUCGCUAGCAGAUUUACCACGAUGUUCGCGGACUAUGAGGCCUUCGUCAUCCAGAGCGCUCCGGACCUGGAGUCCUGGCUCACCAACCGAGAGCAGAUGCACAAUUUUGAUAAGGCAUCCUUCCUGUCUGACCAGCCGGAGCCCUACCUGCCCUUCCUGUCCCACUUCAUCGAGACCCAGAUGUUCGCCACCUUCAUCGACAACAAGAUCAUGUCCCAAUGGGAGGAGAAGGAGCCGCUGCUCCGUGUGUUUGACGGACGUAUCGAUAAAGCUCGUCUAUACAAUGUUAGAGCCCCAAGUCUGAGGUCCUCCAACUACCAGAGGUGCACCAUCCUCAAGGAGUCAGCCCAGGCCAUCGAACAGCGGCUGAUGAAGAUCGACCACACAGCCAUCCACCCACACCUGUUGGAUAUGAAGAUUGGACAGGGCAAAUAUGAACAGGGCUUCUUUCCCAAGCUGCAGUCUGACGUGCUCUCAGUCGGACCCAUCAAUAACAACAGGUGGUCCAAUCGUACCGCUACGGCUCAGCGCAGGAAAGACCGCCACAGACAACAAACAGAACACCUGACUCUAGAUAACGACCUCAAAGAGCAGGUAGAGGGGUGUCUAGUCCUGCAGAACUCCAUGGCGUUUUGGGAGUGGGACAAGGCGUCUCCCCCACCUCUCAAACCACCAAAAAAGUCUGCCUCUGAGUGCUGCCUGAAGCACAUGCAGGACGCUCGGAGCCUGGGGAAGAACCUCCGUCAGCCCAAGCUGUCUGACCUCUCACCUGCCGUCAUCGCUCAGACCAACUGGAAGUUUGUAGAGGGACUACUCAAGGAGUGUCGCAUUAAGACUAAGCGUAUGUUGGUGGAGAAGAUGGGCAGGGAGGCGGUGGAGCUGGGUCAUGGGGAGGCCAACAUCACAGGUCUGGAGGAGAACACUCUCAUCGCCUCCCUCUGUGACCUGCUGGAGAGGAUCUGGAGCCAUGGCCUGCAGGUCAAACAGGGGAAGUCAGCUCUGUGGUCCCACCUGCUGCACUACCAGGCCAGAGAGGAGAAACUGGAGCAGCAGCAGGCAGAGUCACCAGUGUCAAACGGUUCAGAGAGACGAAAGUCUGAGUCAUCAAUAGGGAUGCCAUCACUGCGAGCGUCCGUCAUACAGGAUAUGAGGCACAUCCAGAGUAUGGGGGAGAUAAAGACUGAUGUGGGCAGAGCGAGGGCCUGGAUCCGUCUGUCUCUGGAGAAGAAGCUGCUCUCACAACACCUCAAACAACUGCUGUCCCGCCAAGCCUUAACUAAGAAGUUGUAUAAGCGCUACGCCUUCCUACGCUGUGAGGAGGAGAAGGAGCAGUUCCUGUUUCACCUGCUCUCCCUCAACACCGUCGACUACUUCUGCUUCACCAGCGUCUUCACCACCAUCAUGAUCCCAUACCGUGCCGUCAUCAUCCCCAUCAAGAAGCUGAGCAACGCCAUGACGACCUCCAACCCCUGGGUGUGUGUGUCGGGUGAGCUGGGCGACUCGGGCGUCAGGCAGAUCACCAAGAACGUCCUUGAGAUGACCUUUGAUUCUGCUUUCAGGCCACACACUCACAUCGACGCCAUGUUCAAGUGUCAGAACCUGGGUAAGCUGACUACAGUCCAGUUGGGUCAUGAUAACUCUGGGCUGCUGGCUAAAUGGCUGGUGGACUGUGUCAUGGUCCGCAACGAGAUCACAGGACACACCUACAAGUUCCCAUGUGGGCGGUGGCUUGGUAAAGGCGUGGACGACGGCAGUCUGGAGCGCGUUCUGAUUGGUGAGCUGGCGUUGCCCAACGCAGAUGAGGAUUGUGGGAGAGGGUGUCGCACGCCCGACAUGGAGCAUUCGCCGGGUCAGACCAGACGCAUCAGCAUCACCUCGAUGGGAGGACGUGGAUACAAGCCCACCUCAGCUCAAAUCCAGGAGGCCAUCGGCGAGGCAGUGAACAGCAUCUGCAAACACUUCCACAAGCCUGAGAAAGAGAGGGGCAGUCUGACCAUCCUGCUGUGUGGUGAGGUUGGUCUGGUCGGGGCUCUGGAGCAGUUCUUCCACAACGGCUUCAAGUCCGCCCGCCUCUUCCAGAAGACUGUCUUUGUCUGGGACUUUGUGGAGAAGGCGGUGGCUUACAUGGAGUCAGCGGACCAGAUGGGGGACAUGCAGGAGACGGCUGAGCCCCUGGGCCUGACUUGUGUUUAUCUCUGUCGCUAUGUCAGUGCCAUCAACUCCUCGCCCAGGAACAUUGGCAAGGACGGCAAGUUCCAGCUGCUCGUCUGCCUCGGAGCCAGAGAUCGUCUGCUGAUUCAGUGGCUCCCUCUGUUGGUGGAGUGUCCAGUGAUCCAGCGGAUGUAUGAGGAGUCUGCUCUGCUGCGGGACCGCACCAUGGUCAACGCUCUCAUCGCUGUCCUACAGACCCUCCAUGACUUCCCCAUCACUCUGGAGGCCUCGCUCAUCAAGGGUAUCGACCUUUAACCCCUACCACACAGCCUGCUAGGAAACCACCCAGCCCAGGACUACAUUAUCCACAACCCCUUGCUCUGUUCCCUUUUGCCCUUUCACUGUCGCCAUCGUCGCGGCCUGCUUCAGCUGAUUCGCUCUGGGAAAAGUCACCUUUUAGGGAGGAAGUAAGAAGUGAAGACUGAGGACUUUAUAAAGAGACGAGAGACGGUUCGCUACCAAAGCAAUUGAUUCCACUGCUGCAAAGCAGAAGCUUGGGCUUUGGAUCAUUGAUGAGUGAUGAUGCAGUAUUAUUAUUACCUAGCUUGUGGUUUUUAAAAAUAUCAUUUUUGACAUUUUAAUAAGAAGGGACUGUUUUUAAAGAAAACCUGUGGAUGUUUCCCCUAUGUGCUAGAUGUGUGUAGCCCACUGUAGGUAUCUCUUCAAUGGACAAUUUUAGCCUGUGUGAUGGAGAUCCUAUCUUUGCCUGUGUUCUAUCUCUCUGUGUCUGCUGGAUCCUGCUCCAACUUCAGCUAGUGUUAGCAUUAGCAAGCAUGCCUGUGGGUCAUAGUAGGCCAGGAAAAAGGAAACCAAAACAGAAAGUGACUGUUUGCUCCUGCUGCCUCACUAUAGUCUCUGCACUGGGAAUAUCUGUGGGUGACACUUCAUCAUUUGGACAACAAUGGUCAAGGAAAACUGGACUCAUCUGCUUUCAGCACUACACUGAGUUGUGUGCAACGCAGCUUUUUGAUUGGAUGUAGGCUCAUUCCAGACACAUCUACUGUGUUGGACUGGACCUUUGCUCUGCUUUGUGAUUGGUUAGCAGAUCUUGGUGGACACAACCACUGCGCUGGAUUGGAGAGGUCUUUCCUAGGGGGGCAGGGGCUUUUCUAGGAUUGCAUGGACAUUCCAACCAAAUUACAGGCAUUGACCUGACCCUAUUUCAAACUGUGUGUGUGCGUGCGUGUGUAUGUACAGAGUGUACAAAACAUUAAGAACACCUUCCUAAUAUUGAGAUUU